AUGAAUAUUCCUAAUGUUUCAAUUUUGCGAAAGUUAUAUUUUCUCAUAAUUAUUUUUCUGAUAUUUAAUAUUAAUGAAAGCAAUGCUCUUAACACGCAACUCCAAAAUGAACGUAUUAAAUCUAUUAGUGAUUUGACUAAAACAGACAUUAUUUCAUUAAUAAUUGUUGGCUGUUUUGCGUCAAUUGCUGUAUCAGCUGGUGGAGGAGGUGGAAUUAUUUCAAUGCCUAUUUUUCUAAGUCUUAUGCAAGUUCCAUUUUCACAGGCAGUUACAUUUUCUUCUGCAAUUAUACUUGGAGGAGUCAUAUGUGCACUAAUAACUAAUUUGUUGCAAUGUAAACAUACGCUUCCUGAAUAUAAUGAUGCAAUCAAUUUCCUAAAGUUAGCUGUUACAGAAAAUCAGAUUUAUGAAUACUCAUACUCACUUAUACCAGUAGAAAAGGCACCAUUGAUUGAUAUUCAAAUCGUAUUAUUUAUUGCUCCACUUCUUACACUUGGAAGUUUAUGUGGAGUAUUUAUUGGGAGAUACGUUUCCAAUAUAAUAUCAAUUCUUGCCUUAAAUACUUUAUUAUUAUAUGUUCUAAAGGUUUCAAUUUCAAAGUUUAAUAAAAUUAGAGAAUCAGAAAAGAAAAACACCAAAAUACCAUACAGCGAAUCUGAACUACUUUCUCCUACAAUAUUUCAAACAAAGCAAAUGAUUAGUGCUGAAAAGGUAAAAGAUAAUCUAAAAAUUAUUAUGUAUUUAUAUACCUUAUCUAUUAUUAAAAUAGAUAAAGCUGAAAUGGACAACAUCAAAGAGCAAAAAGAUAUUAUUGAAAUUACUCCUUCAUUCCACCGGAAUAAAUGGGCGAAGUUAAGAAAUUAUAAACUAUGGAUUUCGUUUAUUUCACUCUGCUUUCUUUCUAUUUGGAUUUCUAUUUUAGAUAGUGGUGUAUUUUUAACAAAAGGAACUCACAUUCAUUCGCUGAUAUGGUUAUUUAAUGCGAUAAUACUGCUGGUUUUCCCGAACAUAGCCUUGCCAAAACAAUCUUUGAACUUAAUAACGUCAAUAAUUAAUUCAAAGGAAAGAGUUGCAAAAUUCAUAAAAACUUUCCGCAGUAAUUCAUCGAUUCAAGAUUAUGAGACGAUUGAUAUUGUGUCCUAUAUUCAAUCCAGAUACCGUGAUAACUUCUCAAAUUAUAUUUUGGCGAGUUUGGAAAUACUAUUAGUUGGAGUUAUAGGCGGAAUUACAGGUGCAAGUGGAGGAAUUUUAAUAAGUACGAUUUUUUAUUCUUCUCAAGUUGAUCCUUCUUCAAUUGCUGCAAAUAACUCUACCUGUCUGAUCAUCUCAACAUUAACUUGCUUUUUUACAUACUUGUUUGAAGGGAGAGUUCAUUUUGAUUUGGCAAUUUUACUACUAGUUAUUUCGAUUAUUUGCACUUUAAUUGGAAAAAAUGUUAUUGAUUAUUAUGUUAGAAAAUAUAAAUUUUCUUCAAUAAUAGUUGGAAUCCUUAUUGUUUUAAUUUCAACAAGUCUGAUCUACAUGAAUUUAAGACUAUUUAAACUAAUAAUAAAUUUCUAG